CUCACCGCUUUGGCCACGCUGCUGCCAUUUACGUAUGCCGCUCGACGGCGCCGCACGCGCCGCGCUGAUCGCGCUCAUCGAGAACAGCGCCAAGCAGGCUGUCUUGGAGGGCAGCGGCAUGCCAAAGCCACCGUCCCUCGCGUCCGCCGCCGAGACGCAGUACGUGCCUCCAACCGAGGCGCUGCUGCAGGGCGCGCGGGUGAACAACCCGGUGCGCACGGUGCUCGAGCUGCGACCGCGCGCGGCCGUGACGCUCGAGGGCAGCGUCUCCGUCGCCGAUGCUGCGAAGCGGAUGGCGGCCGCCAACGCCGACGCGGCGCUUGUGCUCGGCGACGAGGACCGUGUGGCGGGCAUCUUCACGGACCGCGAUUUGGCGUCGCGCGUGCUCGGCGCGGGCCUGGACCCUCGCCGGACCAAGAUCUCGGCCAUCAUGACCGAGAACCCGCGCUGCGUGAUGGACGACGAGCCCGCGCUCACGGCGGUGAUGCUGAUGGUCGACGGCCGCUUCCGCCACCUGCCGGUCGUCGACUCGACCGAGUCUGUGGUGGGUCUGCUCGACGUGGCAAAGUGCCUGCAUGACGCGAUCUCGCACUUAGAGCUGCGCAACCUCGCGGGCGGGCAGCGCACCGCGGGCGAGCUCCUCCGCGCCACGGCGCCGCCCGACUCGACGGUGCUCGCAGACGCCACCGUAGUCGCCGCCGCCAAGCAGGCCGCGUCGCGCAAGGGCGGGGCCGCGCUGGUUGUGCGCUCCGAGGGGGGCGGCGCGCCGCGGGUGGGUGGGAUCGUCACCCCGAAGGACUUCCUCAACCGCGUCGUCGCCGUCGGGCUCGCCGCGGCCCGCACCCGCGUCGGCGACAUCAUGACUCCGUCGCCCGCGUGCAUCAAGGAGAGCGCGACGCUGCUUCACGCCCUCCACCUGCUGCAGGGGUCCGGCUUCCGGAACCUGCCCGUCGUCUCGGAGGCUGGCGAGCCGCUCGGCGUCCUCGACGUCCUCGCCGUCGUCGAGGGCGCGCUCGAGGCCGCCAGCUCGACCGACGCCCCACCGACGCCAGCGAGGCGGCCGCUGGCGCACUCCGCCGUCGGCGACUACGCGCCCGCCUCGGAGGCGUUCACGCCCUUCGGCUCGCCGCUCGCGCCCGGCUUCUUCCUCUUCAAGGUGGUCGUCGUCAGGGAGGGGCGCGAGAGGCUGCUGCGGCUGCGCUGCGCCGAGGAGUCUCUCUCCGGCCUCGAGGGGGCGGUGGGCCACAAGCUGCGCGACGACCCUGCCGUGCGGGGCUGCAGCCUCUCCCUCACCGCGCACAUCGACGACGCGACCGAGCCGCAGCUUCUCUCUUGCGACGCCGACCUCGCCUCCGCCGCGGUCCGCGCCGCCUCCCUCCUCCCCUUUGCGCUCGGCGCCGCAGCGGCCGCCGCCGCGGGAGCAGUCUACCUCGCCCGCAGGCGCUGA